CCUCUGGACCCCCGCGAUCAGCUGUUUGAGAAGGCACCAGCGCCCCUGUGAGUGCCAGGGCCUUCUGCGUGCUUACCAAAUAGUACCAUACAUUUUAUAACGGCUGUGCUUGGUAUCGCGCUCAGCUUUAUAGGGGUUAACCUGCUUCUAGGCCACAUAACCAAUAAAUGUGUCACUGGCCUACGAAAACCUUACAGAAGGCUGCGGUGCUACUAAACACAACAAUGCCUUCUCAAACAGCUGAUUGGUGGAGUUCACGGGUGUCGGACUCCGACCGAUCAGAUACUGAUCGCCUAUCCUGCAGAUAGGUCAUCAGUUUAAAGUAUAAGAAAAAGUAUACGAGUCUUUCUAUUUUAUGUACCUGUUCACUUAUGUGUCCAUCUAUUUUGUAUAGCACAGUAGUUUUGCUGUAUUUCAAAUCUUAUAAUUUAAUAAGUCACUCCUGGUUGCUCUAACGUGCCCACCUCCUCAAAGUGCUGCUUUGCUUGUUACCGUUGAUGCCGGUGUGCUUGUCGUAUGCCAGAACGCUGUGCGUUCCUCUGAAGGUGGAGUGUAUGUAACAAGGGAUUUCCAUCAGCCUACUCUUAACCUGAUGAGUGGUGGCAGCUUGGGUAAGUGUGCGCUUGAUAACAUGUGAUUUGUGACAAUGCCUUAAAAAAAAAACACUUGUUUACAUUGACUGGAGGCGUGUUGCAGUUUUUCUUUCCGUGGUAUAUUCCAUUCUUGUGUAUCAUAAUUUGCCGUUGGUAUCAGACAAGCUUCAUGGGACCACAUAAGAAAUUGACUCCUGAGGGCACCAUCUCGGAAAUUCCAGGGGAGAGGUCCCUCAAUCUUGAUUUUAGUAAAUGACAUCUUCACAUUAUUGACAAAGGCAAGUGUAGCCAAUUAUCUAUGUCUUUAAGUAUUUUUUGGAUCUGGGGUGGGUAAUUCAGGUUGUAUAAUGAUUCUGGGGUUCGUCCCAGCUUAAGGCCCAAGUAUUUUAUGAUGUUGCAAUUUUGACUAGCGUCCUACCUAAGAGUGAGGCUAGAUUAUAGGAGUUUUGCACCUGUCCCAGUAGUAACAAUUCUCUUUUAUCCUCAUUUAUUUUAAGGCCUGAUACAUGCCCAAAUUCCUUUAGAUGUUGUAGUAGUGUGCUUAAAUCACUUUGUGGAUCUUCUAGAAAAACCAGUAAAUCACCUGCAAAAAGUGCAUGUUUUAUUUCUGUCGACCCUAUCUUUAUCACUCUAAAAUCCUAUGCUGAGUGUAAAAAGCAUGAGAGUGGUUCAAGUGUCAGAUUAAACAGUAAUGGCGAUAGAGGGCAUCUUUGCCGUGUCAAAAAAAAUCCACAGGAAAAACGAAGAUAAAAACAUACUGCACGAUAUGAUAUACAAAUGUGCGGAUGUCCGUGGCCUUAACUGCUCCAGACUUGGAUGCUACAGAAUCUUGUAUAUCUGCCUGACUUGUAGCCAGUAUUGAUUUGCAGCAGUAUUGUAUUACCUGGCUUUUGUUGCAGCACUCAGGUCUGAAAUUGCCAUGCUUCCUACUUAGUAUAGUUUAUAAAAAAAACACUGGGUUUGCAUGUUUUAAUAUUUCAUGUUCAAUAAUACAGAAACUACUUAGUUGAUACUAGGUGUGUAGAAAAGGCUAUAGGAUUGCACCAUGAGAUAAAUGUUAACAGACUACAAUUCUAAUCAUUAAUCAGGCAAAGUUCAACAAUGAGAAGUCAUGAAGGAAAAUAUGACUGCAAUAAAAACCUCAAAAAUUAAUAUUUUCUGGAGAACAGACCAAUCAUUUGAGAUCUCCUAGGCAAUUUAAGUGAAUGAAAGAUAAACUUAUCAUGAUAAGUUCCAUCGACCUAUGUGAUAAGGCCACACCAUAUUAGUCAUACUCCUUCAAAGUGAUCACGUGCUUUGGGAUUAGCUGCUGAAUUUACACCUACCACACGGACGGCACUUUUUUUUAGCUAUCUUCCGUUAACCUCUGCAAAACAGAAUUGGAAAAAAUGAAGAGAAGAAUGGUAUAGUGAACUCGGUUGAAUUUUUGGGAGAUUUCAAUGAAACAGAAAGAUAGGCAUUUUUUUUCUCAGCUGAAUAAAGAGGACAACAGACGUGGUAAGACACAACUCACUGACCAAAGGAGCUCUGACGGAUGUGAAGCCUACAAUCCCUACAAUAAAGGGGCUGGAUGCUUCUGUCUUCUUUUCUACACAAUGUCUAAAGAGAUGCAAUGCAGCUCUAUUCAAAUAAGGCAGCACAGAGAACUUAGCUAAAAAUAUAUUUCUCUAAUAGAAGUAUGAAUAUUUUCCUUUCUAGAAUGUUUCUUGCUUUGUCUCCGAGUAUAAACGAUGGAUCCGGUUUCAGAACGAGUUAUAACAGAAGGUCAGUGCAUCAUCUGUGUGUGCUUCUAUUUCUCUGUCACGCUCUUUAUACUUCUAAAACAACAUGGACACGAUACGGGCAGUGUGCAGGCCACAUUUUUUCCCAGCCCUAGUAGUAGAAAUGCCUAUUCUUGUCUUCAAUAUGGACAAGAAUAGGUAAUGUUCAAUAAUUUGUGGGGUGGACAAACCGAUAGGAUCCAUUUUUUGCAGUUACCUAGACUUCAUUGGUUCAGCUUCUGAAUCACAAAAAUGCGGAUCGGAAGAGGGGCAAAAAAAAACAAUCGUCCGCAUGAAGCCUUACAGACCUAUAUUCAACCUAGAUAUAUUUUAUACCUUUUACCUCUAUCCUCUAGAUGAAAUUACAUAUUUCAUAUCGAAAAUCUCUCAGUAUGAAGAUCAUAAGGUGAGGAAGAUGUACAAAUACUUCAAAGAAGAUUUAGCCUUUAUUGUAGAAUCCAUGGACACGCACAGUCUUCUUUCUGAACUUGAGUCUCGGAAAAAUGCUUGGACACAGACGCCAUGUGAAUUUCAGUCCUUUUCACAAAUGAAGACUGACCUUGGCCCCUCUACAUAUUCGGAGAAACUGGUGGAAGCAAUGUUACGCGUGGGGAAGAGAGGGGUAAUAGCUUUCUGGGGCAGCCUCUUUUCUGUAGAGUCUGCACGCUCACAUCCCAACUUGAUAACGCUACUGGAAGAGAUCAACCAUGCAGGCGAUAAUCUCAUAGAACAGAUCAUACUAGAUAAACACGGUCCACAUUUGUCUCCAGAGCUGAAAGAUAUUCAGAAGCUUCAUAAGAAACAUCUGAAGCAGAAAAACCAGUAUUUAGUGGAACACAGGCCACCAGGGUGCACCCUGGAGUUACAAAGCUUUAACAUUAAUGAGCGCUAUGUAAACAUUGUUGUAAUCUCUAGUAAGCAAAGAAAGCUACAAUGUGAAAACGAGCUUGUAACGGCUGGGAUAAAACAUGAGGAACACAUGUAUGAAAAAAGAACUGCUGUGGAACGUAUUGUCCCGAACAAGCUAUUCCGGUGGUGUCAUCAAAUAGGGUGUGUACCUCGUACAGUGUUGGUGAGGGGAGUACCAGGGGUGGGGAAGACCACGUUGAUGAAAAAAAUUGUCUGCGACUGGGUGAAUAAAAAACUGUACCAGCGAUUUGCUUUUAUUUUCUUCUUCAAAUUCCGGACACUUAAUCAACUUAAUAAUGUCAGUUUGGAGAUGAUGAUCCUUCAAGAAUAUCCUCAUCUGCAGAAUGAUAUUGAAAGCAUCUUACAAAAUCCACAAGAACUGCUUUUUAUAUUCGACGGCAUGGAUGAAUCCAUUCACUCAAUCGAUUUCUAUUCGAAUAAACAGUUGAGUAACGUAAAAGAGGUGAACAGUCUUGGUGUGGUUGUAGUUAGUUUGGUUAGACAGUCACUUCUCCGUGGCUGCUAUGUGCUAUUGACAAGUCGCCCAACCAAACUGUCAUCAAUAGGUACGGGUGUUUUUCACAGGGUAUCUGAAAUCAUGGGGUUCUUUCCUAAGGAAAGGAAAAUAUACUUUGAAACAUUUUUCAAAAAUAAGGACAUUUCUGAUAAAAUUUUUCAGUAUGUGAAGGAGAAUGAUACAUUGUAUACUUUCUGUUAUAUCCCGUCAUACUGCUGGAUCAUCUGUACAGUAUUAUCUAUGAGCUUCCAGCCAAGAAGAAGUGAUCAGCCGGCGUCAUUAUUACCCAAAACCGUCACUCAACUCUUUACAAUAUUUGUGGCCCAUAUCUUGUCCAAUCACAGCCUGCAUAAAAGUGACGCUCAGAAGCUCCUACAGUCUAUAGGAUGGAUGGCAGAAUAUGGAGUCAUGAAUCGCAAUAUCAUAUUCGAUGAAAGAGAUCUGUUAACUUUCAAAGUGAAUGCAUCUUCUCAACUUCUAUCAAGCUUUAUGAUUGAAACUGACCAACCUCCAAAUGUGACCUUUUCUUUCCUACAUCUUACAAUUCAGGAGUUCUUUGCUGCCUUGGUUCACUACAUGGACUAUAACCAAGAGAAACUUCAGGAAUCACUUCGAAAAGCCCAAACCUGCGAUGACAGUCGUGGUGAAAUAUUUCUUCGCUUUCUCUGUGGCCUAUCGGAUGUAUCCACUGGGUCUAUUUUGAAGAGAGAUCUUGGAAAAUUGUCUACUGAAACUUCAAGGAUUGUCAUUGAGUGGCUUCUAAAGACCAUCCAAGAAACAUGGAAGGAGAAUGAAUACAAAGAUGAUAACAGAAAGCUCCUGGGGGCAUUUGUCUAUCUUUUUGAGACCCGAAAUGAAGCACUUGUUUUGAAUUCUUUGGGAUCAUGCCAAAGUUUUGAUUUUUCCUAUGUCCCUUUGACUCCUUUAGACUGUAGCAUAUUUCCAUUUAUCCUGGAAUCAUGUAAAGAGACAGAGAGGCUUAAUCUAGAAUCAUGCGGCAUUCAAAAUGAGGGACUAGAAAGACUUUCCCGAGCGCUGCAUACUAUUAAGGACGUCAGCCUUCGUGAUAACCGUCUAAUGGAUGAAGACGUCCACUUGAUAUGUUCUGCAUUAAAUCAACCAAACUGUAUGAUCCAGAGGCUGUGUUUGAGCAGUAAUAGUCUGACUCACAAUUGCUGUCCUCAUUUGGCAUUCGCAAUAACUAAAAACCAGUCCCUGAAAACACUUGACCUGUCAUACAACAGCCUUUCUGGACCUCAGUUCAGUGACUUGAUGGAAGUUCUGUCCAGUUCAGCCUGCAGGAUAGAGGAACUGCUUUUGAGCCGUUGUAACCUGACACACAACUCUUGUUCCCAGUUGGUCUCUCCAAUAAGUAAAAGCCCUUCCCUGAGGACUCUUGACUUGUCUGAUAAUCGGCUGGAGGGACUAGGGUUUAGAGACUUAAUGACCGCUUUUUCGAGCCAGACAUGCAGGAUAGAAACAUUAAUAUUGAGCUGUGAUGGUACACAGAUAGACAAGUCUAGCAUCCAAUUAGCUUCUACCAUAUCAAAAAAUCAAUCUCUUCGGAAACUUAACCUGCGUGGAAGUAAAUUGGUCGGCCAUCUAUUCUCAGAGUUAAUGGAAGCCCUGUCCAGUCCAUCCUUCAGGAUAGAGGAGUUGAUUUUGAGAGAUGUCAGCUUGACAGACAGUGCAUGUUCACAGCUGGCCGUGGUGAUUCGUAAUAAUCACUUUCUAAGGAAGCUUGACCUGUCUUAUAACAACCUAGUAGGCCCUCAUUUUGGAGAUCUGAUGGAAGCUCUGUCCAGUCCAAGCUGCAGGAUAGAGGAAUUACUGCUUGAGAAUAUAAGCUUGACAGAUGAAUCUGCCCCAUUGCUGGCAUUGCUGAAGAAAAACAAGAACCUCAGAUUCCUGGAUCUGAACCGCAACUAUAUCAAAGACAUUCAUUCCAGCCGAAUUAGAGAAGAAAUGAGGACAUCACCCAACCUGAAGGAGCUAAGGUACAUUACUUACUAGAAAGAUAUCAUUGUCACAGGCAUCCUCGAUACAUAUCAAGUACAUCUGAACCAAACAUUCUUUUUUUUUUUUUUUUUUACUUUUAGGAUGAACUUCAAAAAUAUUUUAACACUGAAGCCUUAAUAAAGCCGCUAAAACCUCAAUGGCUGAGUUUCAAUUAAAGGGGUCAUCAAUUUAUUUUUUUAAAUGAAUAAUGAAAUAACUUUACACCCCCAGUCCCAAUCCCACUUCAUUUUUUGACCAAGGACGACUGCCUGAAGAUGCCACGGAGAUCUUUGAUGAAAACAUUGGUUUGGAUCCGUUCCGGUGGCUUCUGUAUUCUCCACACUAGGGAUCGACCGAUAUAGAUUUUUUUAGAGCUGAUACCGAUAAUCUGUGAACUUUCAGGCCGAUAAUUUAUACC